CUGGUAGCCGCAGGGCCAGAGAGGAGCGUCAUGUCCUUUAUCCUGUGUGCAGCUGUCACAUCAGCGGGUUCAGUUGUCUUUGUGUCUGUAUUCGGAGAUAUUUCGGAGAGUUGGCCUGCUCGGACUGACGCAGGAGGGAGAGCCUGGCGAUGGAGAUGCAGCAGGCUGUGAACGGAGCCGAGGAGGAAGAGGAGGUGGCGCUAGAUGUUCAGGUCACCGAUUUACUCAACGCCCUGAUCGCCUGGAAGGUCCCGGAGGAGCUGUUCGCCGUCAGCAGCCUGAAGGCCAGCUUCGAGUCACUGUUCCGCUCCUUUGACCCACAAGCUCAGUUCCAGUACUUCCGGUCCUUCAGACGGGUCAGAAUCAGCUUCACAGACGCUCUGGCGGCAGCCGAGGCGAGGCUCCGGCUGCACAAGACUGACUUCAACGGCAAAGAAAUCAGACUGUACUUUCCUCAGUCCGUCCACAUCGGGAGUCCUCGCCUGGAGCCUCCCAAGCCGGAGAAGCAGUUCCUCAUCUCCCCCCCCGCCUCUCCGCCAGUCGGCUGGGAGCCGUCUCCGGACGCCACGCCCGUCAUCAACUACGACCUGCUGUGUGCCAUCUCCAAGCUCGGACCAGGAGAGAAGUAUGAGCUUCAGACGGCCACGCCCACCACCCCCAGCGUGGUUGUCCACGUGUGCGAGGACGAGCAGGGACACGGCUCAGCGGCCGCCCACGCCGACCCGGAGGACACGCCCUGCCCCGCCCGGCCCAAGAUCGUCCAGACUCGCCGUCCCGACUUCACGCCCGGGGUGGAGCAGUGAACAGUGACCGCGGCGAGAGCGCAGAGUUUUACCUUCACGUGAUUGGUCAAGAGCUGAGCGUGCUCCCCAGAGACUCCUCGGUGGUUUGAGAGCGCCCUCUAGGGAGCCGCGGCUUCCUGGAGAGGAGCCCGUUUUCUGAGACGGAGACGGAAAACGAGCUGCUGAUUGGACUCUUGUCCCGUGUGGGGUGGGGGUGGGGGGGGGUCUCGAUUGUGAGGGUUUCCCGUUAGAACAAAUUGAGUUUAGCCAUGAUAUUUAACGUUCGCUAGUUUUAACGGCCGAAGGGAAACCUUUUAAUGUUGCGUCGACGUAAAACCACGCCUCCCUCUCAGCCCUCGUCCAGGCGUGCCUGAUUUUUCAUCUUCGGUGAAGCCGGGUGUUAAAAUUAUGGCCCGGCCUAAAUCAUCCAUUCGCGUUAUUGUACGGUUGCUUUAAUUUUCUCCGCGUGACACGAACGCAGCAUCAGGCCGGGCGGCUGGUGUUUGAACCGAAGGAGCAAAGCCUCGGCGCUGAGGUUAGACAUGGUGUUGUGACUGUUGCUGAUUGUACAGAGCUACAUGUUUAUUGGGGCGUGUGUGUAAUUUCUGUCUCGCCAGAGGAGUUUUUCACUUUUUCCCCCCCAAACUGACGCUGCAGCUUUUCCUUACGCGUUAUCGCUGCCUGAUGAAGCCACCGUUCCCCAUGAUAGCCUCUGACGCUGCGCUUCUCCCUGGUUUAGCUUUGGUGCAAACGUCGUCUGUAACGCGCAGCGGAGAGCCAAGAGGGGGCGAUCUCGUUCAGGAUGGAUGCGGUUUGUCCAAUGUUCUGCCUCUAGUGUUGAUUCUGUGUGAAUUCUGUGGUUGUGUGAAUAUCUGCUGCAGCUUGCUCAACGUGGCAAAAGUAUUUACUCCCCCCGGUCUUUCAGCUUCAUUGGAUUUUCAUUAUGUA